UACGGUAGCUUUCGGAAGCAUCAUCCCGGGGGAAUAAAAGCAUACAGCGAGGUGUGGAUUGAGGUGUGAAUAGGUGAUAAGGCCGCGUCCGCGCCCGCCCGUAAGUGACGCCGUGCGUUUCAGUGCGUGUCCGUGUGCGUCCAGCUGCUUGAGCACGUGUAAGAACGCAAGGAUUCCCCCCGCUUUUCUCGAUCCCCGGACGCGACACCGGACCGGUGGUACCGUGACACGUGUUGACGGACUGACUGAGGGCCACGUUCGGCACGCCUAACGGCACUAACUCUAACCGAACCGCCACAAGCCACAAGUGGUUGACAAGUUUUGUGGCGUUUAUUCUGGCUGCAUCUUGGUGUUCGACGACGGUGUUGAGCUGUGAGAUAUAGUAUUCGAUCGCACGAUUCCCACCUUGGUGCAGGUGCCAACGUGAAGCAAGCAAACAAAACAAACAAAGCAACCGUAAAGGAAUUGCGUGCGCCCGUGUGUGUGUGUGUGUUAGUGUGUGUUUGGGUGUGUUUCGCGCGGUCUGAGCCACAGUGAAUGAACCAAGAUGCAUAGGUGCACGGUGGGAAGACUGUUGAUCUGGCUGGUGAUCGCGUUCCUCGCGGCGGCCCACGGGGCCAGCAACUAUCUCUACGACUCCGACGAACGCUACCCGCCAUCGGCCACGAACGUGCUGGAAGAUUCAGAAGCCGAUGAUGGAACGGACCGUUUGAGCCUAGCGGAUGAUGGAUAUCUGGAAAGCUUUCUACAACCCGGCGCCUCGAAACGAUCAUCGCUCAUCCAGGUCUACCGGAGGGGAUGUAUCCCGCGUGGGGGUAACUGUGACCAUCGGCUGAACGAUUGCUGCCACAAAAGCUCCUGCCGGUGCAACCUGUGGGGCUCCAACUGUCGCUGUCAACGGAUGGGUCUUUUCCAGAAGUGGGGAUGAAGGAGUUUCAUCAGUAAACUGUCCUUUCUUUAUCUCGGUUAAUUGAGUUUUAUCUUUUUAAUUACCGGUCAUGAUACCCUAUCGUGGCGUUUACCUUUCCAAUAUACACACACACUAUUCCGUUUUCCCAUUUUCCAAUUUCCAUACCACUUCAUGGUCCCUCUUUAACCUCGCCCCUACUCUACGGGCGCCACUACGAAUAAAUGACUAAAUGGAUACGAAAAUCAGGACCACGCACACGAUUGUAAACUAUGUAAAAACCAAGCGGCAAGAAAAUGUAACACGAACCGCCCUCCGCCCCCCCCUUUUUCCAGCGGCCAAACGGCCUGAAGGGCGCCUGUUGCUGUGCCAAUGCUCGACCGUUCGCAGGAACGUUGUUUGCGGUCAAAGAAGGAACAAAAGCCCCAAAAAAAGAAACAAAAAAAGAUGCAAACAAACAAACAAACAGACAAACAAUUACUGGACCUAGCUGCUCUGAAUGGUGAAUUAAGAGAUUUUUAUAUAAUGAACAAAUUAUUAACAAAGAAAAAAAAACAACAACAACAAGCCAGAAACCAAUGGACACUUCUUACCCGUAUGCCGUAUAUUUACACACAUAAUAUGAAUGCAUCCAACACAUCUAGUGCAUGACCAUGACGUACCAUACUCUCAAAACCACCCACAUACACACGCACACACACACACACACACCUUCUCACAUUGUGGCGGAUGGCUCGUGGCUUUGGAACGGUCCUUGGAUGUUAAGGGGAGCGGCUUUCGAUGGAGAAAAACAAGAAAAAGAUGAAGAAGUGUGGCCACUACUACUAGGCGCAACUGGUUCAACUGUUGUAACGCUUUACGUUUUUUUCCCCCGGCCCAUAUCCCCCGCUAGGGUAUGCCGCCCAUCCCCUUGUGUGGCGCCCCACAAUUCUAAUCUUCUUCCUUUCGAUGGAGACCUGGUGAUGGGUGAGACUGGUGCACGGAUCUAAGGGAGGGAGCAGAGCAGACAUUAUCACAGCAAGAGUUUAUCCCACUUAUUAACGAGGAAGUAUAGGACGCUAUUAGCAAGCGCAAGCUGCAACACUUAUCGCUGUAUUUCUUAAACAAAGUUGUAGUUUUUAAGUAACCCAACUGCUGCGGAUCUCGAAUCCAGCGCAAGAGAGAGAGAGAGAGAGAGAGAGAGAGAGCGAGAGAGGAAGAAAAAGAGAAGGGCAAUUUGGGACUCCUUCGUGAGGCAGCUCGAGAGUGAGUGGUGGGGAUGGAGGAAAGAGGCCUAGUGUUCUCUUUGGUGUGUAUUAUAUUCCAUGUUUCAGGUUUUUGUUUUUUUUUCA